AUGUCAGGCAUUAUUAUUCUGAUCCAAUCCCGUCUUCGCGGCCACAAUAUCGCACCCGUUGCUCAAAAAUCCCACAUUUUCGCCAUCUCGCCAACCAACGACGCACGGCCAACCAAACAACGCAAACGCGAGCGCAUCGGCGAGACAUUCAAACUCAGCCGUUCCGACCGCACUGGUGGCGGUAGCGGCGGUGGUGGCGGCAACCCAUUACGGGAUAUCCGUCUGGCAAAAAUAUUUGGUGAGCCCGUCCACGCACAGCCAAUGCAGCAGUCGGCACCCGAGAAAGCCUACACUGUGCACGACAUCCUGCUCAACAGCGCCGGGCGCAUUAGCUACGGUACCUGGCGAGGGCUCAUAAUGUAUCUGACGCAGGCGCAGCAGCACAACGAGUACUUUACGAAUGCAUUUUUUCUUACCUUCCGGUCAUUUGCCACCGAAUGUGAUUUGGCCGAGGCCCUGAUCGAGCGCGCGCGCGAAGCACCCGCAACUAAGAUGUCACCGCAGGAAAUGCGGCUAUGGCAGGAGCGCGUACAGAACCCGAUUCGAUACCGCGUCUUCCUGGCGAUCAAGCUGUGGUACGAGCGGUACUGGUGGUCGUGCAUGGAUUCAGCGAUUUUGCCGUUUUUGUGCGGGUACUUGGCCAAUGAUAUUUGCCCUCACGGCAUGGCGGAGCCGCCGUCCGUCGCUGGCGCCUCCAUGUUGGCUGAUCAGAAGGCAGAGCCCGAUGAGCGCGAGAGCGUGCACAACAGACUUAGUGGGCGCACGUAUACAGAUGAGCGCAGCUUGACCAGCAGCAACGAAGAGCUCGUGAAUAUUCCGCAACAUCGCAGCGAGCGCCCAGCAGUGAGAUGGAGGACAAUAUUCCGCCAAGUACCACAUCUCGACCUGUUGAUGGCCACGAUCGGCAUGGACCUGUCGAUUGAGGCGUACCGGCGCAUCUCGCACAUCAUGCAUGUCAGCCCGAUGGAUGUUGCCUGCCAGCUGACAAUCAUCGAGAGCAGCUGUUUCUGCCAGAUCCAGCCCUUCGAGCUCCUCAACAAGGAGUUCAGCCACGGUGCCCUCUCCAAGGCCGUCAACGUGCGACAAAUGACCAAAUGGUGCACGCAGAUCACCCGCUGGGCCUCCCUAACCAUUCUCUCCGAGCCCACCCCAGAGCGCCGAUGCCGUGUGCUCAAGUACUUUAUCCAGCUGGGCAUCCAUCUUCUGGCCCUUAAAAACUACGAUGCUGUCAUGGCCAUCAAGGCAGCGAUAUACUGCGCUGCCGUAAUGCGGCUCAAAAAGACGUGGGCACUGCUACCCAGUAAAUUCGGUAUCAUGGGUCGCCGCUUGCACGAGGCUAUGGAUCCGGACCGCAACUACGCAAAUUACCGCGAAAUGCUACGCAAGUCCCAACCGCCCCUGCUGCCCUUUCUGGGGCUGUACCUGACCGACCUGACGUUUCUCGAUGACGGCAAUCCGACCUACCGGCGCUACGAGCUCCCUACCAUUGAUGAUGACAACCGCUCAUCCAGCAACUGCUCAAGCAGUAUCAACAGCACCAGCCCAGGCAACAACAAAAGCAACGGCGACGGCGAUGGCGCGCCCAAGGCUCAGGUGCAACUGACUGGUCAGACUUGCGCCCUCUUUGCAACCCGCCGCGACGUCGAUCUCCACAGUCCAUCGAUUCUCAUAAAUUUUGAGAAGUGCUACAAGCUCUCAAGCAUCAUCCAGGAGCUGCAAAAGUUCCAAAUUGAGUAUAGCGGCAAUUUUACCAUGGCCAUCCCCGGUCUGCAGCAGUACUUGAUUGAGGAAUGGGACAAAUGCGAGGGCUAUGACGAUGAUCGCAUUUAUGAUUUGAGCUUGCAGAGGGAGCCGAGAGCGGUCGGCGGGUGUAUCAAUCGCGGGUACCAGUCUGUGCCUGGCGCGGCGAUGCGGUUGACGAGGUUGCUGCCUGGUACGCAGAGGUCGCGCGGUAGGGAGCCUUCGAGUAUUAAUGAGAGUCAGAUCGACAUUGCGCUUGCCAAGUCUGAAAAUGAUAACAAUGAGAAGGACAAGAGGAAUGACAACGGCGAAAAGGAAAACCAUGAUGAUAAGGUCAACAGCAGCAUGGUCAUGGAUAAUGCCAAUAACAGCGAUAGCUCGGAUUUGCACGACAAAUAA